UUCGGUAUGCGGAGGAUCGCUGAGUAUGAAAGCAGAGCACCACCACGAAGCUGUGCUGGAAAGGGGGGCGGGAUUCCGUGCUUCCCACCGCUGGCCCUGCAGCGCCGAAGGACAGGAGUCGAGAGCGCUUCAGGGGGCGGUUUUGCGAAGGACGCUGCGAACUUGCCCAAAGUGCAAAGACAUCCGUGCAAAGGACCCUACCCCAGUCUCCUACUUGCUGGGCCUUGGCUAUCCAGCCAGGUCAAAGGUCAUCUCCAAGCAUGCUGCCCACCUGCCACACCCCCUGCCUAAGAACCCUCCUGCCACUGGUGGGCCUGCUUCUGUCGCUAAUGUUGAUCAGCAGCCAUGCCUUAUCUCCCCCUCGGUUCACGAAGGUCCCUGUUGACCAGAUCGGUGUUUCCGGUGGUGUGGUCUCCUUCGUGUGCCAGGCGACAGGUGACCCCAAGCCUCGCGUGAGCUGGAAUAAGAAAGGGAAGAAGGUCAACUCUCAGCGUAUCGAGACAAUCGAGUUCGAUGAGGGUGCAGGUGCAGUCCUGCGGAUCCAGCCACUACGGGCGCCCCGUGAUGAGAACAUUUAUGAGUGUGUCGCUGAAAACAGUGAAGGCGAGGUCACUGUCAAUGCCAGACUGUCCAUAAUUCGAGAGGACCUGCUUCCACCAGGUUUCCCCAACAUCGACAUGGGCCCGCAGUUAAAAGUAGUGGAGCGUACACGUACAGCAACCAUGCUGUGUGCUGCGAGUGGUAAUCCAGAUCCUGAGAUCACCUGGUUCAAGGAUUUCCUGCCCAUAGAUCCCAGCGCAAGUAAUGGGCGAAUCAAACAGCUGCGGUCAGAGGGUACUCCUAUUCGAGGCGCCCUCCAGAUAGAGAACAGCGAGGAGACCGACCAGGGGAAGUAUGAGUGUGUGGCGUCCAAUGUGGAGGGCGUCCGUUACUCCUCCCCUGCCAACCUAUAUGUGAGAGAGCUUCGAGAAGUGCGGCGUGUGCCCCCGCGCUUCUCGAUCCUGCCCACCAGCCAUGAGAUCAUGCCGGGCGGCAGUGUCAACAUUACAUGUGUGGCAGUGGGCUCGCCCAUGCCCUACGUCAAAUGGAUGCUCAACUCUGAGGACCUAACUCCAGAGGAUGAGAUGCCAGUGGGCCGCAACGUGCUAGAACUCAACGGUGUGCGCGAGUCAGCAAACUACACCUGUGUGGCCAUGAGCAGCCUGGGUAUCAUUGAGGCUGUGUCCCAGAUCAUCGUCAAGUCCCUGCCUAAACCUCCGGGGACACCUGUGGUGACAGAAACCACAGCAACUAGUAUCACCAUCACCUGGGACUCAGGCAACCCAGAUCCUGUCUCCUACUACAUCAUCCAGUACCGUGCUAAAUCUCCUGACAGCAAGUACGAGGUUGUAGACGGAAUUACCACUACUCGCUACAGCAUUGGUGGCCUGUCACCCAACACGGAGUACGAGAUCCGCGUUUCAGCUUUUAAUACCAUUGGCCAGGGGCCACCUAGCGAACCAGUGGAAGCCCGCACUGGAGAGCAAGCACCCGCCAGCCCACCCCGCAACAUUCAGGCCCGCAUUAUCUCCCAAAACACAAUGAUGGUCCGGUGGGAGGAACCUGAAGAACCAAAUGGGCAGAUUAAGGGCUAUCGUGUCUACUACACCUUGGAACCCUCCCUACCAAUGAAUCAGUGGCAGAUCCACAAUGUGCAGGACAGCUUGAUCACCACAAUACAGAGUCUCACUCCUUCAGCCACCUACACUAUCCGUGUGUUGGCUUUUACUUCUGUGGGUGAUGGCCCCUUCUCUGACUAUAUCCAGGUUAAAGUGCUACAGGGAGUCCCUGGGCAGCCCACUAAAUUCCAGGUUGGUGCAGUAUCUGAUACCAGCAUCGAGUUAACCUGGGAGCCUGCAUAUGACAAGGAGGGAAUCAUAAGUUAUGAGCUACGUUACAGAGAGGGUGGUGUGGGUACUCAGGUAACAAAAACUUUCGGACCAACCUCCUCCUACAUCGUGGAGGGGUUACGAGCAAACACAGAAUACCGCUUUUCCCUGGCCGCAAUCUCCAGUAAAGGAAUUGGAGCCUUCACCAACGAGAUAGUGCAGAGAACCUCCCAAGCCAAGCCCUCCGCCCCCCCUCAAGACGUUAAGUGCAGCAGCGCCAGCUCCACCGCCCUCCUGGUAAGUUGGCGCCCCCCACCGAUGGAGAAUCAGAAUGGUGCCCUUGCGGGGUACGUGGUGCGCUACCAGUUGGUGGGAACGGAAGCCCACACAGAUCCCGUGGAGGAGCCCGCUGUGCCGCCCACCUCUGGGCAGCUCCUCCUGCAGGGGCUGGAGAAGUGGACCCAGUACCAUGUCACCGUGGCGGCCUUCACCUCCGUCGGGCUUGGUCCCAAGAGCCAGCCCCUGCUGUGCCGCACCGACGAAGACGUGCCGGGUGCCCCGCCUCGUCGUGUGGAGGUGGAAGUUCUGAACUCCACGGCACUCAAAGUGAUGUGGCGCUCGCUGUUGCCGGGGCGACAGCAUGGCCAGAUCCGUGGCUAUCAGGUCCACUACGUGCGUGUGGAGGACGGCGAGUCCCGAGGCUUGCCCCUCAUAAAGGACGUCAUGCUGGCUGACGCCCAGUGGGAAACGGAUGAUACUGCUGAAUACGAAAUGAUCAUUGGGGAGCUGCAGCCCAACACCACUUACUCGAUCACCGUCGCAGCGUACACAACGAAAGGGGACGGCGCACGCAGCAAGCCUAAGCUUGUGGUGACAAAAGGAGCAGUCCCUGACCUGCCCUUGCUGUCCGUACGCCAGGACACAGAGACAACAGCAUUGGUACAGUGGCAGCCACCGAAGGCUAUACCCCCCGGGCUGGAUGUUCAAGGCUACCGGCUACAGUUUGGGCGCAAGGACGUCACCCCACUGGCUAUCCUGGAGUUUGGUCCACAAGAGCGGAAAUACACAGCUACUGUGCAUCGCGGUGCCACCUACGUGUUUCGGCUGUCAGCAAAGAGUCACUCUGGGUUUGGGGAGGAGGCCUACCAAGAGCUGACCAUCCCAGAGGAGGCUCCCAAAGGCUACCCCCAGAUCACUGAGGGCUCUAACGUGACCUGCUGCUCAUUGCAGCUCUCUUGGUUGCCGCCAUUGUUGGCGGACCGCAGCGGCACCAUCAUCAAAUACACAGUGGCUUAUAAGGAGGUGGGCAGUGCGGGUGCCCCCCGCGAACUCUCCUUCCCAGCCAGCGAGACCAGCUGCACCAUCAACAGCCUUAGGCCUGACUCGGCAUACGACAUCAAAGUCCGUGCGCACACCAGAGUAGGUGCAGGGCCCUACAGCCCCCCGGUGCAGUACCGCACUGUGGCCUUCGAAACAGAUGUUCCGAAGAACUUCACUGUGAAGCUGGUCACCAAGACAACGGUGCUCCUGACGUGGAAGUUUCCGGAGAGCCGUCAACCCUUUCGUUGCACGAUUGAGUACAAUCGUCAGAAGAUGGAUGUGGAUGCUAGGGUAACAAAAGCACUGAUCACCAACCUGAGGCCCAAUACCACAUACGACUUCAGAAUCGUCUGCCAAGAGAACAACGUUGGCGGUCUGCGCCACCAGGUUGUUGCUAGAACGGCUCCUCCGAUCACGUUCAAGAAACCGGAGAUAGAUCUCAGCCGUGAGCCUGAAAACAUUCUGAGCAUCAUCUUUCCCCCGCUGGAGGCCAAAGACAUGAUAAGAAACAUGUAUGUAGUGGUGGUUCCAGUGAAGAAGGGCCGUGGACCCAUUAGAAAUAUAAAGAAUCCUGAUGAGAUGGACCUGGAAGAGCUGCUGAAGGAUAACAGUCAGAAACAGCAGCAGAGCCGCACGUCACGCCACCGAAGGCAGCUGGAUACCCGCAAGCCCUACAUUGCAGCCUGCUUUAAGCCCACGGCCAUGCCCUCAUCCUUCACUCUGGGCAACCAGGUGGACUACAAUGGCUACCUGAACCGGGGCCUUGACCCAGGGCAGGAGUAUGUCAUUUUCCUGCUGGCAGAGCUCAACACCACAGCUGGGAGGAUGUUUGUGGCUAGUCCAUAUACAGAUGUUAUCACAGCCCCAGAUGUGGACACUCAGCCUGUGGAGACAGGAGGAGAUGGGCUUAUCUGGGUGGUGGGUCCAGUCCUAGCAGUGGUCUUCAUCAUCUGCAUUGUUAUUGCCAUUCUGCUCUACAAGAACAGUAAACCUGACAGCAGCAAAAGGAAAGACUCAGAACCACGGACCAAAUGUUUGCUGAACAAUGCCGAGAUCACUCCACACCAUCCCACAGACCCAGUGGAGAUGAGACGCAUCAACUUCCAAACCCCAGAUUCUGGUCUGAGCAGCCCUCUAAGUGAAGCCGAUUUUGACUAUGAAAGCAUGAUGAACCACCCGCCAAUCCCCAUUGCAGAGCUGGCGGAGCACACAGAGAUGUUGAAAGCCAACGACAACCUGAAGCUCUCGCAGGAGUAUGAGUCUAUUGAUCCUGGCCAGCAGUUUACAUGGGAGCAUUCCAACUUGGAAGUCAACAAGCCCAAGAACCGCUAUGCUAACGUCAUCGCUUACGACCACUCCCGCGUCAUCCUUUCCCCAAUUGAAGGCAUAUCAGGCAGUGACUACAUCAAUGCCAACUAUAUUGAUGGAUACCGCAAGCAGAAUGCCUACAUUGCCACCCAGGGCCCACUGCCUGAGACCUUUGGGGACUUCUGGAGGAUGGUGUGGGAACAGAGGGCUGCCACCAUUGUGAUGAUGACGAGACUGGAGGAGAAGUCACGGGUCAAAUGUGACCAGUACUGGCCCAGCCGUGGGACAGAGACCUAUGGGAUGACCCAAGUGACCCUGCUGGACACCAUAGAGUUGGCCACCUUCUGUGUGCGCACCUUUUGCCUCCACAAGAAUGGCUCAAGUGAAAAGAGGGAGGUGCGGCAGUUCCAGUUCACUGCAUGGCCUGACCAUGGUGUGCCAGAGUAUCCUACCCCCUUCCUGGCCUUCCUGCGGAGAGUGAAGACCUGCAACCCUCCAGAUGCAGGUCCCAUCAUUGCACACUGCAGUGCUGGCGUGGGCCGCACAGGUUGCUUCAUUGUGAUCGACGCCAUGCUGGAGCGCAUCAAGCAUGAGAAAACAGUAGACAUCUAUGGGCAUGUCACGCUGAUGCGCUCACAGCGUAAUUACAUGGUGCAAACAGAGGACCAGUACAGCUUCAUCCACGACGCGCUGCUGGAGGCAGUAGCCUGUGGCAACACCGAGGUGGCUGCCCGCAGCCUUUACUCCUACAUCCAGAAGCUGGCCCAGGUGGAGAGCGGGGAGCACGUCACUGGCAUGGAGUUGGAGUUUAAGCGCCUGGCCAACUCUAAAGCCCACACGUCUAGAUUUAUAAGUGCCAAUCUACCGUGCAACAAGUUCAAGAACCGCCUUGUCAACAUCAUGCCCUACGAAACAACUCGUGUGUGCCUGCAGCCCAUCCGCGGGCUCGAGGGCUCUGAUUACAUCAAUGCCAGCUUCAUCGACGGAUACAGGCAACAAAAAGCAUACAUUGCCACGCAGGGCCCUCUGGCGGAAACUACCGAGGACUUCUGGAGGAUGCUGUGGGAGAACAACUCCACCAUCGUUGUGAUGCUGACCAAGCUGAGGGAAAUGGGCAGGGAAAAGUGUCACCAGUACUGGCCAGCUGAGCGGUCAGCCAGGUACCAGUACUUUGUGGUGGACCCCAUGGCGGAAUACAACAUGCCCCAGUACAUUCUGAGGGAGUUCAAGGUCACCGAUGCCAGGGACGGUCAGUCCAGGACAGUGCGGCAGUUCCAGUUCACGGACUGGCCAGAGCAAGGCGUGCCAAAGUCUGGGGAGGGCUUCAUCGACUUCAUCGGCCAGGUGCACAAAACCAAGGAGCAGUUUGGACAGGACGGCCCCAUCUCGGUGCACUGCAGCGCUGGUGUUGGACGGACCGGAGUCUUCAUUACCCUUAGCAUCGUGCUAGAGAGGAUGCGCUAUGAAGGUGUGGUGGACAUCUUCCAGACCGUCAAGAUGCUGCGGACACAGCGGCCAGCGAUGGUUCAGACAGAGGAUGAAUACCAGUUUUGCUACCAAGCUGCUUUGGAAUAUCUAGGAAGCUUUGAUCACUAUGCAACAUAAAAAAGCCAUUUCUACCACCCCUCUUCUGCCAUCCCCUUCUAAAGUCUUCUGAGCCAUAGAAACUUGCUUGAAAUUUUAAAAAACCAACACAAAAACAACCCCGAUCUAAGGAAAAUCACUAGAAAAAGCAAUCAAGAGUGCGUUGCAUUCCGACCAACAGCAGGACGAUUGUAGUGAGGGGAAAGUGUUUGAAAAGUAUCCGUCAAUAUUACCACAUACACCCUCACUCAGGAAUUACCUGAAAAUCAAACCAAACAGUGGCUCAAGCCCUGGGGUGGGAACGAUCAAAGUAUCAGACUGCUGUCUUUACCUCAAGUGUUACGAUGCAGAGGGAGUAAAUAUACAUAUUUUGUGGAUUUCUGUUUCAGAUGUAACUUAAAAAUAUUACAGAGCAAAUGUUAAAUAUAGCAAGAAUAACCAGGCAAAGCUGACUUAAAUAGGGGGGAUUAAUUAUUGUGUUUGCGAAAAAGGAAGAGAAAAGAUAAGGUUUGACUUUAUCUCAGAUGAAAGGUAAAUACCAGCUUUAGGGUAACAGAUGUUGAAACAGGGGUCGGGGUAGAUUUUACUACUUCUCAUGGAAAUCAGCCGGGAAGGUAGCCAACAAAGAAGGUGGCACGAUCCCAAGAUGAAUGUCCUCGGAACAAAAAGCCGACUGCUGAAAGAUAAACCACUUGAGAGAGGAGCAAGGGGGAUCCAGACCUGAGGGAAUAGUUAAAGAAACGGGUAAAAACAGAAGUGACAUCUGAUGGCCCCCUCCAGUUAACCUCUGCCUCCCAGCAGAUUCAAACUUUCUGUAACUAUAAGUGAAAAAAAAAGGACUACUCCAUAGUUUUUGGCAGCACUUGUAACUCCAUCCUGCAGAACUGAGAACACCAACCAAAGUUUUGGACUGCCAGCAAAACUAGCACCUCUUUAACAAAUAACCGUUGUGUCAAAGCCAAAUUUUUUUGUUUUUGUUUUUUUUUUUUUAUUAAAGCUAGUAGUCGUCAGUGCCAGGUCCAUGUGUGGCUGAGCAUUUGAGUUGUGUGGACAGUUUGGAUACUGUCAAGCAGACCAACCUGACAGUUUUCGACAUACAAUCACACUGUCUCACUCGUACCCGAAUUUGCAGAAGUGGCCCAGGUCUUGAUCUGCUCUUGAAGGACCUGACAAUUCACAGAUAUAUUUUUUGUUCUUUUUUUUCCAUUGUGGUUGCCAGUAUGUGUAUUAUUUUGGUUGUGUACAGCGGAAGGGCCCGAUUUGUUUGAGUUUUGAAAAACUGAAGAGAAAGAAGAAAAGGACAGGAUUUAAAAAAUCAUCUGUGGUUGGCAUGGAGGGAGAAUUGUUUCACGCAAAGACUUGCACCCCCACUUCGGUAGCUGCAUUCUACAGUGGUCUGCAGCCAUUCCAAACAUUUGUAUCAUUGACAUCUUUAACUUUUGUUUCUUUCUUGUAUAGAGGUGUCUAUACUAAACAUGCUGCUUGUUUUCAGCCUGCUGUACUGCGGCGAUGCGCCAGUACAGAGCUGACGGCAAAAUGUGAAGAUGCUCCACAGAGCGGUCACCGGCACCCACCCAUCUUCUGCUUGGAGUGUGGCCCCCGAGUAAUAAGCUGACAAGCAAACCCAGAGCAGGGCUACAUGACUCCCUACUGCCAGAGCAGCAUGAAGCUCACUCUUAGCCUGAAUUUCUUUCAAUCCUCCAGGCAUAGUUUUUACUCAGCUGUGGAAGAAAUGGUUGGAGGCAGGGUGGAUUUUUCAGACUGCUUGGGUGUCCCAGAGUCCAAUUUGUGGUACUUUUAUCUGCCUGGAGAAGUUUCGCAGUAUGGCACCAUUAGGUCUUCAACCAACUAGCAUUCCGAAAAGCAGUAUAGGAACAGGGAGUGUCCUUUGAGAGUGACCGUCGCGGCAAGCGGAAUGAGUGUUUUUGCUCUCCAGUCAAAGAGACACAGUCGCCAGGAAUCACUGCACUCCAUUCCUUUUGUUUGCGUCAUCUGAGCUGCCGUUUUUAAUUGGGUUGCCAUCAAGAAAAAAUCACCAGUACCCUUCCCUGAGUCCUUCAUCGAAAACGUGCUGCUGCCUGUUGUCUGAGAAAUAGCUCCUACAACCCCCUUAAACUUCCUUGUAGAAAUCCAUAUUUCAGCACAACGCAUAGCCAGGGGUACUCGUAUACAGUGAAUUCUGCAAGGAGUUUUUUGAGAGGUGUGUUCAUCAACAGUCUCAUGAAGGGUGCUGUGAGUAGUCUUUCUUAUUUCCAAACAAGCCUUAUUGUUAUUGUAACAUUAUGAACCAUUAAUAUUGUAUUAUUAUUAUUGUUUUAAUUUACCAACUUGGCUUUUAUUAAUUUUUUAACAGCUCUAUUGUUCGCAUUUUUAAGAUUAGAUGAAAAAAAUAACAAAAUGCUUAACUGUUCAUAUUAUGUUAAAAGACAUUCUA